UUUUGGACCAAUCCCCAGUAUCGCUUGAGGCUCUUGGAGGAAGAUGAUGAUCCUGAGGAUGAGGAGGUUGUCUGCAGCUUUCUUGUGGCACUGAUGCAGAAAAACAGGAGGAAAGAACGCAAGCUGGGAGCCAACCUGUACACUAUUGGCUUUGCCAUCUACGAGGUGCCCAAAGAGAUGCACGGUGACAAGCACCACUUGCAAAAGGAUUUUUUCCUCUACAAUGCCUCCAAAGCUAGAAGCAAGACAUACAUAAACAUGCGAGAAAUCUCUGAGCGCUUCCGGCUGCCACCCAACGAGUACGUUAUCAUCCCAUCAACGUACGAACCCCAUCAGGAGGGAGAGUUCAUCCUGAGGGUCUUCUCAGAGAAGAGAAGUCUUUCUGAGGAAGUUGAAAACACGAUUGAAGCACAGCGCCCAUCGAAGAAAAAGGGCAAGCCUAUCAUCUUUGUUUCUGACAUAGCCAACAGCAAUAAGGAGCUGACAGUGGAUGAAGACUUGGGCAAAGACGGUGAAAAAAAACGCAUAGAUGAGAAAAAGCGUGCUUCAGGAAAAGCUCGGGAGGCGAGCGAAGAGGAAAACCAGUUCAGGAAUAUUUUCCGACAGAUUGCAGGAGAGGACAUGGAGAUCAAUGCUGAAGAACUCAGGAACGUUCUCAACAAUGUUGUAAAAAAACAUAAGGACCUAAAGACAGAAGGAUUUGAACUGGAAUCCUGUCGCAGCAUGAUUGCUUUGAUGGAUACAGAUGGCUCGGGGAAGAUAAACUUCGAUGAGUUUCGGCACCUCUGGGACAAGAUUAAAAGCUGGCAGAAAAUUUUCAAGCGCUAUGACACAGAUCACUCUGGAACGAUUAACAGCUACGAGAUGCGCAAUGCAGUCAAUGACGCAGGGUUUCGCCUCAACAACCAGCUCUACGACAUCAUUACGAUGCGCUACGCCGACAAGAACAUGAACAUCGACUUCGACAGCUUCAUCUGCUGCUUCGUGCGCCUGGAUGCCAUGUUCAGAGCAUUCCACGCCUUCGAUAAAGAUGGGGAUGGAAUCAUUAAACUCAAUGUCUUAGAGUGGCUGCAGCUCACGAUGUAUGCGUAA